AGAUAAAUUGAAAACCCUGUUUUUGAAAACCGAAGACGCUCCUCACUCUCAAAUAGGACAGAGCUUAGAGAAAGAGCGCAACAAUGGCGGGGGGUUUCUCCUUCGGAUCUUCUGCCCCUUCUUCAACUCAAUCUUCGUCUUCCUUUUCCUUCACAAACACUUCUUCUUCCUCUUCCUCUUCUCCAUUUUCAUUUGUCUCAUCCUCCACUCCCGCGUUCUCGUUCGGAUCCUCCUCUCUCUUCACCGCUGCCACAAACCCUACCUCCGCUGCCUCUUCAAUUUUCGCUGCCGCUAGCUCUGCCUCACCCUUGUUCUCCUCUUCCUCCCCGGCAACGGCACCGUUCGGGGCUUCUUCCCCCUCUACAUUGACGACGUCGUUUGGGGCAGCUUCCUUUUCCACUUCCACGCCGUUUGGGGCUGCUUCCUCCGCCGCCGCAACCACGACGACGCCGUUUGGAGCACCUUCCUCCCCUUCAGCAACUCUGUUUGGCGCAGCCUCCCCAGCUCCAACGACUCCAUUUGGUGGAACGACCUCAGCAUCAACGACACCGUUUGGUGUAACGCCCUCAGCUUCGACUCCGGCGUUUGCUGUAACACCCUUAGCGUCGACUACGGCGGUUGGGGGAACUGCCUCAGCCUCGACUCCGGCGUUUGCUGGAACGUCACCAUCUUUCAUUCCGGCGUUUGGUGUAACAACCUUAGCGUCGACUACUGAGUUUGGCGGAGCAUCAUUAGCUUCCACGACGCCGAGUGGAGGAGCGUCAUCCACUUCAACGACCUUGUUUGGUGCAUCCUCCUUAGCUUCCACGACGGGAGCAGCAUCUUCAACAUCGACCACGCCCUCAUCCUCAGCCUCGUUUGGAGCGUCGACUGCUUCGGCAUCGCCGUUUGGAGCGUCCCCUGCAUCGCUAUUUGGAGCAGCAUCAUCUUCAUUUGGCUCAACAACUUCUGCUGCGACACCAUUUGGUAGUAGUACUUCCUCUUCCUCAACGGCAGCUUUUGGAGCAUCUUCCGCCUCAUCGCUGUUUGGAGGAUCAUCCCCAGCAGGAACGACUCCGUUUGGAGCGUUGGCAGUUUCUUCAGCUUCCUCAACCUCUGCAAGCAGCUCUCCUUUGUUCUCAAGUGUGUUUGCCACUGGACCCUCUUCGAUUUCGACCUCAACGACGAUCCCAGCGUUUGCAAAGCCGUCUGCUUCAGCUACUACUACAACGGUGUCAUCUAGCUCUUCGGGACUCUCUUUCGCUUCUCAACCCUCUUUUGGAUUCCCCAAUGCUGCUUCAGCUACGGCUUCUUCGGCGGCUUCUGGCGCAUCGGCUUCAAAACCACCGGGUUCUUUUUCGUUUACCACAUCUUCGGCGCCACUGUUCUCGACUGUGACGACCACCACGACUUCUACUGUGGCUACUGGCAGCACGACCCUUUCAUCUUCUGUGCCUGCCUUUGGUGCUACUACUGCAUCUUCUGCUACACCGAAUACUUUGGCGGUUCCUGCUGCUUCUACUGGUGCAGCACCUUCUAUCAGUACAGGAUCAUCUUUUACAGGAUUUGGCGUAGGAAGCACGGCAUCCAAUGUUUCUCUUGGGACUGGGUUUUCCUUUGCAAAUAAGUCAUCAACGACGACAGCUUCUACCGCUACUACUUCUGCAUUUGGGGUGAGCACUACAACCUCUACUUCAGCAAUUUUGGGUUCCAGCACCAGUGCAACUCAGGCAUCAACUGCUGUUGUUGUGGCUUCUACUACGGGAACUACUUCAACUGUCAGCACUUCAGUUACUGCUGCACCAAAAUUGCCGUCUGAAAUCACUGGGAAGACUGUUGAAGAGAUUAUCAAGGAGUGGAAUGCUGAGUUGCAAGAGCGAACUGGAAAGUUUAGAAAACAGGCAAAUGCAAUAGCAGAAUGGGAUCGCAGGAUUUUGAACAAUCGUGAUGUUCUAUUGAGGCUUGAGAUUGAAGUGGCAAAAGUAGUCGAGACACAAUCAAAUUUGGAGCGGCAAUUGGAGUUGAUAGAGACUCAUCAACAGGAGGUUGAUAAGGCUUUACAGAGUAUGGAGGAAGAAGCGGAACGUAUUUACAAGGAUGAACGUGGUUUGCUUCUUGACGAUGAAGCUGCAUCUACAAGAGAUGCAAUGUAUGAGCAAUCUGAAUUGAUUGAAAGGGAACUUGAGCAGAUGACUGAACAAAUCAAAUCGGUUAUCCAAUCUCUUAAUUCAAACCAGGGUGGAGAACUUGAUACCCUUGAUGGAAUGACUCCAUUAGAUGCAGUAGUUCGAAUUUUAAAUAAUCAACUAACUUCUCUGAUGUGGAUUGAUGAAAAGGCUGAAGAGUUUUCUUCCCGUAUUCAGAAGCUAGCUAACCAAGGUUCUGCUUCAAAUCGUGAACCGACGGGUCCAGGAAUCUGGAUGUCUUGAUAUUUCAAAUUGUACAGUAUAUCAACACUUUUAAAAUGACACACCUAGAAAAUUUUUAUUUGUAUGAUUUUUCUUCCCAAAAAUUCGGGAUGAACUGUUUCAGAAUGGUAAUCGCCAACUUCUCUAUUGGAUUUCCAAAUACUACUUUACUUUGUUAUUAAAAGGGCUGUUAUGAAA